UCGUCCGAGCGACGGGAUGAGCGCGUGGGAGUUGUAGUUCAAAACACGGAGAGACUGCGCUGCCCCAGUUUCUUGAAGACCUUGAGGAGCCCGAGCAGACUUGUGUGCAGAAAGAGGCAAGACGCGACGAGCAGAGUUCUCCUCGCAGGCGUCGUCUACAAAUACACACGACCCCGCGCCGCAGCGGCAGCGCGACACCUGUCUUGCACCAUCGUCGUCAGAAAAAAGCUCCGCUGCGUGACGGGACGACACAUCGCAGCCUGCGCCGAGUCGAGAGAGCCUCCUCCCGCGGGGCAGACUGGUAAACAACCCGGGGCCCGUCGAAUUCCGAGCACGUGCGGGUGUGCUGCCCCCUGACCGAGGGACCGGGGUGUCUGACCGCCUCACACAUGGCCCCCCGCGUGCACGAGCACCAGGACCGCGUGCCCGCGGCCCAGACCGCGGUGCUGGCCCUGCCGCCUCCCGACCGGCCACAGGACUUGAGUCCCAGAUUCACUGCGGUGGACUCCCUGCUGUGUGGUGCGUUUGCUGGAGCUUUGGCCAAAACCGCCAUUGCACCGCUGGACCGGACCAAGAUCAUUUUCCAAGUGUCCACAAACAGAUUCUCUGCUAAGGAGGCCUUCAGGCUCAUUUACUGUACAUACAUGAAGGAAGGGCUGCUGAGUUUGUGGAGGGGGAACUCUGCCACCAUGGUCCGGGUCAUGCCCUACGCUGCCAUCCAGUUCUCCUCCCAUGAUCAGUACAAAGAACUGCUGGGGGGCUACUACGGCUACCAGGGAAAAGCUCUGCCACCUUUCCCACGUUUCCUGGCUGGCUCUCUGGCCGGCACGACCGCUGCGAUGCUCACUUACCCUUUGGACAUGGUGCGAGCCAGGAUGGCAGUCACUGCCAGAGAAAUGUACUGCAACAUCAUGCACGUUUUUGUGCGUAUCUCCCAAGAGGAAGGUUUGAAGACACUUUACAGAGGUUUCACUCCCACUAUCCUGGGGGUCAUCCCAUACGCAGGCAUCACAUUCUUCACAUACGAGACCCUCAAGAAGCUUCACGCAGAAAAAACAAAGCGAUCCCAGCCGUACCCUUAUGAGCGCUUGGCCUUUGGUGCAUGCGCGGGCCUGAUUGGGCAGUCUUCCUCUUACCCUCUGGACGUGGUACGCAGGCGCAUGCAGACAGCCGGCGUUACCGGCUCAUCCUACGGCACAAUUCUGGGGACCAUGCGUGAGAUUGUGAAACAUGAGGGAGUUAUACGAGGACUAUAUAAAGGCCUGAGCAUGAACUGGCUUAAAGGGCCCAUCGCCGUGGGGAUUAGCCUCACCACGUUCGACAUCACACACGACCUUCUGUUCAAAUUGCAUCAGAUGGGCUACUUCACUCACUGAAUUGGUCGGGAGCAACAGAGGGGAAGCAAAAAGCACAGAUGAGACUGGCAUGAUGAACUGGUGUUCAAUUCUGUCACAUGGCGAUAGUCUCUGCACUCAGUGCAGGUCCAUCCUGCUACACACUCCUGUUGGCUUCAGACAGGAUGUUGGAUGAGUGUGGAUGGGUGAUCUGUAGCGCACACGGAAACACAGCAUCUCAAACUUUGGUUAAUGCACAGUCAGCUGAGUGAGGGGGCAAAUAAAGUGUCUUUAAAUGUUCGCACAAUCACAACUUUGUUUGGAUAUCCUGGUGCCAUCGAUAGUGGAUAACGGCUGUUUUGUUUGUGUUGUGUUGUUAAGUUACGCUUGCACUUUAUUUGGACAAUGUUCUUUCAGCCUAAUCCCAUGUCUACAGAGAGAACUCUGUUUUUAAUCAAGUUCUAUAGCUUUUCAAUUUGAUUUUUAUCACAUAUUUUUUCAAAUAACCUGAUCGUGCAGGAUGUAUGAUUUGUGCCUGAUGAUAAAAGGGUGUUUAUGCAAAAUGUUUUGUUUUUAAAUUUCAAAUUUUAUGAUGGUGCCUAUGUGGAUUUGAUUGAUGGAACCAAUGAUUGUAGGAGGGUGAUCAUGUCAGCAGGACUGCACAAUUUCACUGUCCAUCCAGCACUGAGGUAGUGUGGUAAUGUGUUGCAAAGUCUAAUAAGUCAAAGAUCAAAUAUGAAAAAUAAAUAUAUAUAUCAGAGAUGUUGAUUUAUAUGCAUAUUAUCAAGAUUUCAUUUUUAAACUGUGCUUACACAGUUGUGCAUAUUCUAUCAUUGCCUUUACUGGAUUGUUGGGUUCUGUUUACUUAAGAUUUUUAUAUAUAUAUAUAUAUAUAUAUAUAUAUUUACACCAAAACAUGUAUAUCAGUCAUAAAAUAAGUAAGUGAUAAUCACAUCUGCUAUUAUAAACACAGUAUUCCUUAAGAUGCAAGUUCACAGUUGUCUCAAUAAAGUGUUCAUCCACA